AUGCAGGGCGAAGGCUACGUCAACACAAUAGACCGAGCCGUCGCAAACCCCACGGCAGACCAUCUCGACAAAUCAACCUAUUACUAUUUUAUCACCAGCGUUGACGCUCCCCGAUCCCAGGUCCGCACGUCUACAGUGGUGACCCUCCAGCCCAAGUCAUUCUGUUUCACGAUGCUACAAGGUGAUGCGCAGCUAGAGCUUUCUGGUACCCUACACGAUGAAACAAGUAUGGAAGAAGUAUAA